AUGUGGGACAACAUCGUGUGCAGGUUUGGGGUUCCCCACUCAAUAGUAUCCAACAACGGGAAGCAGUUCGACAAUGCCUCAACAAGCAGAUUUUGUGACAGCCUGGACAUUCGGAAAGACUUCUCGGCACCAAUCCAUCCACAAUCUAACGGACAAGUCGAGGCGGUCAAUAAAAUAUUAAAGUACACCCUCAAAAAGAGACUCGAUGAUCUAAAAGGAAGAUGGGCUGAGGAACUUUCCAAGGGCUUAUGGGCAUACAGGACGACGAGCCGAACUAUUACAGGUGAAACGCCCUUCUCCAUGGUGUAUGGCGUCGAGGCAAUGCUCCCCAUAGAAAUCAAAAUGCCGACUCUAAGAACCGCCGUCCAUAACGACGAUGACAACACGGAAGGCAUGAACGGGGAACUUGACUUGUUGGAAGAAAAAGGCUCGACUCCCAACUGUGCCUCGCCGCUUAUCAGCAAAGAGCAGCGCGAUAUUACAACAAGAAAGUUCAGCAAAGAAGGUUCGUCCCAGGGGACCUAG